CCUUCCGGGCUGGGCGCAUAUAAGUGCCACCCAGCCUCCCGAAGCUCAUUGUCGUGGCCAUCGCCGAUCGAGCGUUAGUGAGACAUGAAGACCACCUGCGAGGUGCUGCGCGAGGGCGAACUGGAGAAGCGCAGCGACAGCUUAUUCCAGUUGUGGAAGAAGAAGCGCGGCGUACUUACCCCCGACCGCCUCCGCCUCUUCCCGGCCGGGCCCGGUGCUCGCCCCAAGGAACUGCGCUUCCAUUCCAUCCUCAAGGUGGACUGCGUGGAGCGCACCGGCAAGUACGUCUACUUCACAAUCGUCACCACCGACCGCAAGGAGAUCGACUUCCGCUGCGCGGGCGAGAGCUGCUGGAAUGCAGCCAUCACGCUGGCGCUCAUCGACUUCCAGAACCGCCAGCCACACACUGCACCAGUCAGGCCGCACCGGCCUUCUGGCCGCGUCGGGCAGGAACCAGGGAGUACCCGCGACGGCGGGAGCCCGAGUGGGCCAUCCACGCGCUGA